UAGUAAUUAGCUGAACUUCAAUCGAAAGAGAGAUGGAAUCACUUAAAAUUGUUAUCCAUGUUUUUCUUUUAUUUUUUGUUGCCAAAUUUAAACAAAAUCUAAUUUAUGAUAACGCAAUCUAGAAUUAACCCAAUAUGUAACUAACACCCAACCGUGAACUCUUAUUACUCUCACAACUCACCACUUUUAUUUCUUCACAUUCACACCUCAUCAUUUUUACAUGCAAAUCUCUUCAUAAACCUUCAAACCUCUCUCUUCUAACUCGCCGGCGACGCCAAAUUCUCAUCGCCGGCGACACCAUAGUUCACCAUUUCUCUUCCAAUGGCUUCAGUUUCUGUUUUCUCUCCUUUCCACAACAUAAAACAAAACCGUAACCUUUCAACUUCACAACCCUUGUUACGUUCGCGCUCUUCCUUUUCCGUUCAAACGGUAUCAUCAAACAGUCGCGGUGGCGCUAUGUCGGUUUUUGCUUGCUCUACUUCGAAUUUUCAUCGGAGAGAUGGGUUUAGUGAUAAGCAACGGAAAUCUCCGUUUCUUAAAUAUGGUGUUGAUGAAAAUGUUGAUGAAAGUGUUGUUGUUGGUGGUGGUGAUGCUGGUGGUGAUGCUGGUGAAAGAGAUUGGUCUAAGAUUUUGUCUGCAUUGCUUCCUUUUGUUGUUGCGGUUACUGCUGUUGCUGCUCUUUCUCAACCUUCCACUUUUACUUGGGUAUCUAAAGAGUUAUAUGCUCCAGCUCUUGGUGGCAUUAUGUUGUCUAUUGGGAUAGGACUAUCCAUAGAGGAUUUCGCUCUUGCAUUCAAAAGGCCUUUACCACUUUCAAUUGGAUUUAUUGCUCAAUAUGUGGUGAAACCUUUACUUGGUGUCUUGAUUGCAAAGGCUUUUGGUUUGCCUGGGAUGUUCUAUGCAGGCUUUGUCCUCACUGCUUGUGUUUCGGGCGCUCAGUUAUCUAGCUAUGCAAACUUUAUAAGCAAAGGGGAUGUAGCCCUAUGCAUUGUUCUUACAAGCUAUACCACUAUUGCAUCGGUUAUUGUUACGCCUUUAUUAACGGGUCUUCUAAUUGGAUCUGUAGUGCCGGUUGAUGCAGUUGCCAUGUCAAAGUCAAUAUUACAGGUUGUUCUUGCUCCAGUGACACUUGGUCUUCUUCUCAAUACAUAUGCAAAGCCAGUUGUAUCCAUUCUUCGGCCUGUGAUGCCGUUUGUUGCUAUGAUUUGCACUUCAUUGUGCAUUGGCAGCCCACUCGCCAUAAACCGAAGUCAAAUUUUGUCAGGCGAUGGUCUUCGGUUGGUUUUUCCAGUAUUAAUAUUUCAUGCUGCUGCCUUCACCUUAGGAUAUUGGUUCUCAAAUCUUCCACCCUUAAGGCAAGAAGAACGGGUGAACCGGACGAUUUCAUUAUGCACUGGAAUGCAGAGCUCGACCCUUGCAGGUCUUCUUGCAACACAAUUUUUAGGGAGUAGUCAAGCAGUUCCUCCUGCAUGUUCUGUUGUUGCUAUGGCUAUAAUGGGUCUUUGUCUUGCUUCUUUUUGGGGAAAGGGUUAUGAAAUUAGAAAUCUUCUGUCAUCAUUGCCUUCAUUCAGAACAAAUUCUGCUGUUAAGGCUUAAUUUCUUGUUUCAUUUUUUGAUGGUAUCGGUUCGAGGUUGAAUCUUGAUAAAUUUAA